UUCAGUACAAAAUGUAUAUGAUCUGUUAAUGCAUUUGCUUUUUGCUGGCUCACCCACAACACUUUCUUGGUAUGCAAUUUAAGAACUGUAAUCACAAACCAGUACUUCAGUACCAGUUAAUUAAAAUCUUUAAAUUAAAAAAAAAAACGUCACCAAUAGGAGAUACAGUGCAACAGUGUAAAUGGACUCCAUCUGAACAUUCAUCAAGCACACAUCAAUUUAGCCAAUAUGGGACUUGUUGUGAGGCAUAGUGGUCACUUAAUCUGGAUGGGUCUUCUAGUUUGCUGCUUGAUAGACCUUGGUGCCAGUUUGGAAUUCACUGGAGCAGAAGGGCAGUGGGCUCGGUUUCCUAUGUGGAAUGCUUGCUGCGAGAGUGAAAUGAGCUUCAACAUGAAGACUAAAAGUUCCCAUGGCCUCUUGGUGUACUUCGAUGAUGAAGGAUUCUGUGACUUUCUGGAGCUUCUAAUUCACAAUGGAAAACUAAGCCUUCGCUUUUCAAUUUUUUGUGCCGAACCUGCCAUGGUGUUGUCCGACACUGGAGUUGACGACAACAACUGGCAUUCUGUUAUCAUAAAGAGAAACUUCAAAAACACAACGCUUAUGGUAGACAGAGAAGUAAAAUGGGUGGAGGUGAAAUCCAAAAGACGGGAUAUGACUGUUUUUAGCCAUUUGUUCCUUGGUGGGAUUCCGCCAGAAUUACGUACUGUGGCACUGAGGCUAACGUCAGCUGCAGUGAAAGACCAGGUUCCGUUCAAAGGAUGGAUAACUGAGCUUAAAGUCAACAGUUCAGAGACCAUGCUCAUCAGUAGUGAAGGGGUCCUGAAUGUCACAGAUCCUUGUGGCAGAGACAACUUGUGUCUGAAUGGUGGAAUCUGCUCUGUUGUUAAUAAAGAAGCGAUUUGUGACUGCUCACAGACUGGCUACCAAGGGAAGGACUGCAGUGAAGAAGACAACUAUGUGGAAGGUCUGGCACACCUGAUGAUGGGCGACCAAGGUAAAACUAAAGCAAAAGAGGAAUAUGUUGCAACCUUCAAAGGGUCUGAAUACUUCUGCUACGACUUAUCCCAGAACCCAAUUCAGAGCAGCAGUGAUGAAAUCACGUUGUCGUUCAAAACCCUUCAGAGGAAUGGGCUGAUGCUGCACACGGGCAAAUCUGCCGACUACGUGAAUCUUGCUCUGAAGAACGGAGCCGUCUCUCUCGUCAUUAAUCUGGGGUCGGGGGCCUUCGAGGCGCUGGUGGAACCUGUCAAUGGGAAGUUUAAUGACAAUGCCUGGCAUGAUGUCAAAGUAACAAGGAAUCUUCGUCAGCACUCAGGCAUUGGACACGCUAUGGUAAACAAACUACAUUGUUCGGUAACAAUAUCAGUGGAUGGAAUUCUGACCACCACAGGAUACACACAGGAGGACUACACCAUGCUGGGCUCUGAUGACUUUUUCUAUGUUGGAGGCAGCCCUAGCACAGCUGACCUGCCAGGUUCACCUGUCAGCAACAACUUUAUGGGUUGCCUAAAGGAGGUCGUGUAUAAAAACAAUGAUGUCAGGCUUGAGUUGUCCAGACUCGCCAAACAAGGAGAAGCCAAAAUGAAGGUUCAUGGUGUUGUGGCAUUUAAGUGUGAAAAUGUGGCCACCUUGGACCCUAUCACGUUCGAGACUCCAGAGUCCUAUAUCACGCUACAUAAAUGGAACGCUAAGAAAACAGGCUCCAUCUCUUUUGACUUCCGCACCACAGAGCCUAACGGGCUGCUCCUCUUUAGUCAUGGCAAGCCAAAGCACCAUAAAGACGCCAAGAAUCCUCAAAUGUUGAAGGUGGACUUCUUCGCUAUAGAAAUGCUUGAUGGCCAUCUGUACCUCCUCCUUGAUAUGGGAUCGGGUACGAUUAAAACACGAGCUGUAAACAAGAAAGUGAACGACGGAGAGUGGUAUCAUGUCGACUUUCAGAGAGAUGGGCGAUCAGGUACCAUAUCUGUGAACACCAACCGCACACCAUACACCGCACCAGGAGAGAGUGAAAUCCUAGACCUGGAUGACAACUUGUAUUUAGGUGGCUUGCCAGAGAACAAAGUGGGCCUCAUCUUUCCAACCGAAGUGUGGACGGCGCUACUCAAUUACGGCUAUGUGGGUUGCAUCAGGGACCUGUUCAUUGACGGUCAGAGCAAAGAUAUCCGGCGCAUGGCUGAAAUCCAGGCGGCCGCUGGAGUAAAGCCAUCCUGUUCCAAAGAACCGGCUAAGCAGUGUCUCAGCAAUCCGUGCCGGAACAAUGGUGUUUGCAGAGAGGGCUGGAACAGAUACGUCUGUGAUUGCUCUGGAUCCGGAUACCUUGGCCGAUCAUGUGAAAGAGAAGCCACAAUCCUGAGCUAUGACGGCAGUAAGUUCAUGAAAAUUCAGCUCCCGGUGGUGAUGCACACUGAGGCAGAAGACGUGUCCCUGCGCUUCAGGUCUCAAAGAGCCUAUGGGAUUCUGAUGGCCACAACAUCAAGAGAGUCUGCGGACACUCUGCGCUUGGAACUGGACGCAGGACGCGUGCGACUCACAGUCAAUCUAGACUGUAUCAGGAUAAACUGUAAUACCAGCAAGGGCCCAGAAACCAUUUUCGCUGGCUAUAACCUCAAUGAUAAUGAAUGGCACACAGUUCGUGUUGUUCGCCGAGGAAAGAGUUUGAAGCUGACAGUGGAUGAUUUACAGCCUGUGGAAGGACAAAUGGCUGGAGAUCACACACGGCUUGAAUUUCACAACAUAGAAACCGGCAUCGUGACUGAGCGACGGUACAUGUCAGUAGUGCCGUCCAACUUCAUCGGCCACCUACAGGGCCUGUCGUUUAACGGCAUGCCAUACAUUGAUCUGUGUAAAAACGGUGACAUCGACUACUGUGAGCUGAACGCCAUGAUUGGCUUCAAAAACAUCAUCGCCGAUCCAGUCACCUUCAAGUCUAAAUCCAGCUACGUGGCCCUCGCUACGCUGCAAGCCUACUACUCCAUGCACCUGUUUUUCCAGUUCAAGACCACGUCUUCCGACGGGCUGAUCUUGUUCAACAGUGGAGAUGGCAAUGACUUCAUUGUGGUGGAGCUUGUGAAAGGGUAUGUACACUAUGUUUCUGACUUGGGCAAUGGUGCUCAUCUCAUCAAAGGCAACUCUAACAAGCCUUUGAAUGACAAUCAAUGGCACAACGUGAUGAUUUCAAGAGAUACAAACAAUCUUCACACUGUAAAGAUUGAUACAAAAGUGACAACCCAAACCACACUGGGAGCCAAAAAUCUUGAUCUUAAAGGGGACUUAUUUGUUGGUGGGGUUGCCAAAGAAAUGUACAAAGAUCUGCCCAAGCUGGUGCACGCAAAGGAGGGUUUCCAAGGGUGCCUGGCUUCUGUGGAUUUGAAUGGGCGUCUUCCAGACCUGAUCUCCGACGCGUUGUCAUGUGUGGGACAGAUUGACAGAGGAUGCGAAGGCCCCAGUACUACAUGCCAGGAGGAUUCUUGUGCAAACCAAGGAGUGUGCCUCCAGCAAUGGGAUGGAUUCAGCUGUGACUGCAGCAUGACCUCAUUCGCUGGUCCCCUGUGCAAUGACCCUGGAACUACGUAUAUUUUUGGUCGAGGAGGUGGACUGAUCACUUACACAUGGCCCCCCAACGACCGGCCAAGCACUCGUGCUGACAGGCUGGCUGUAGGAUUUAGCACCCAAUUGAAAGAUGCUGUUUUGGUGCGGGUAGACAGUUCUUCUGGGCUCGGAGACUACCUACAGCUACACAUUGAAAAGGGGAAUAUUGGAGUUAUAUUUAAUGUUGGAACAGAUGACAUUGCUAUUGAAGAACCAGCUAAAUUUGUAAAUGAUGGAAAAUACCAUAUAGUACGAUUUACUCGGAGUGGUGGCAAUGCCACACUACAGGUGGAUGACCUGCCUGUCAUUGAACGAUACCCAACAGGAAACAAUGAUAACGAACGCCUGGCGAUUGCUAGACAGCGAAUCCCAUAUCGACUUGGUCGAGUAGUUGAUGAAUGGCUACUCGACAAAGGGCGCCAGCUUACUAUCUUCAAUAGCCAAACAACUAUAAAAAUUGGAGGCAAGGACAGGAGCCGUCCAUUCCAAGGCCAGCUUUCUGGUCUUUACUACAAUGGCUUGAAAGUGCUGAACAUGGCAGUUGACAAUGACCCCAACAUCAAGAUCGAAGGCAGUGUGAGACUUGUUGGGGAAGCACCGUCCUCUAUGACAACAGAGUCCAGUGCAACUGCAAACCAGUCCGAGACGUCCACCUCCAUAAUGGAAAUAACAACCACCACGGCAUCCAGUAGGAGAGGGAAGCCACCCACAAGAGAGCCACAGCCUACGGAUGACCUGCUUGUGGCAUCUGCUGAAUGUCCGAGUGAUGAUGAGGACAUUGAUCCAUGUGAGCCGAGCUCAGGUGGGUUAGAAGGCAUCCUGGAAAUCAAGAAACCACGUCUGCCACAUAAUGCAGUGGGGAAACACAACCUCAGACACUCAGCACAGAAGAAAGAGACACACACUAAGCAUGUAAAGUUCUUUUUUAAAUCCAAAUGUAUUGACGCCAAAUCAGAUGUGAAAAAUGUUAAUCCCUGCCCCUGAGGCUAGCAUUGUGGGGACAGCAACGGCUAUCCCUGAGACUGGAGAGGUGGGGACAAAAAACGACUCUACCUAAGGCUGGAGAGGUGGGGACAGUUAUUCGUCAUGUUGUAUGGCUUUCUCAACUCUUUAGAAAGAUCAUGUAAGAAUGCUGUAAGUUUUUAGGCAGUCUGAUGGAUUGUGUGCAUUGCAUAUCAUUACAGGGGAAACAUGGCUCACACCCAGGCAACAAAGUGACCUUGGCGGUUUUCCCUUUGUGGAACACAAUUGCCCAAGCUGAAAAUGUUUUCCUAUUAAUUACAACUCUGUCAUGCUUGACAUUGGCAAGUUCUUUAUUAAUUGCAAUAUCAUAUAAUUUUAAUAAACUAAUCAACAAUAUGGGGGAUUAAUUCCGUGUUUGAAUUUUAAAAUGGCAGUAUAUAAAUCUGGUGAUAUCGAGCAGUAGGUGUAUUUUCUAACGCAGCACAAGUGACAUUUCAAAUCAGUAUUUUUUGGUAAGAAUAAAUGUAUAAAAUGCAUUCAUAUAUUUUCAAAAUAAUUUUCAUUUCUGAAUAUUCUUUUAAAAACUGUAAACAGGAUCAUGUUAUUAUUUAUGUCUUGUUGCCAACCAACAUUUUGUUAUUGCUAAACUUUGGUAAAUGUGGACAUCAGUACGUACCUCUGAAAGAAAUGUGUAUAAUGUGUAUAGAUGUUCCUUCUCAUCAGGUCCCUACAGAUUAUAAACUGCACUGGAUAGUAUCUGUACUGCUUGAGAUCAGGAGAACAUCAUGCUGUACUGUCCCUACAGAUUAUAAACUGCACUGUAUAGUAUCUGUACUGCUUGAGAUCGAAGCAGGGGAACAUUAUGCUGUACUGCUCCCGGUGCUGUCCAGGAUUGACUUUAAGGUCCUUCUUAUCGCCUAUAAAGCCCUAAAUGGUUUGGCUCCAGCCUAUUUGAAGGAUAUUUUAGUUCCAUAUGUCCCUUGA